UCACUUACCCCCCAAGGAUGCUGCUAAGAUGCCUGAAAGUGCCUGGAAACUGUCUUUCUAUUGCAUCUCCUGGUUAUAUGGCACUUACUUGCUGUUCUUUGCUGGAUACCCCUUUUUCCAUGAUCCACCUUCGGUUUUUUAUGAUUGGGAAAGGGGAAUGGAGGUGCCCUUGGAUAUUGGACUCACCUACCUGAUACAAGGCAGUUUUUAUGCCCAUUCUAUAUAUGCCACCCUUUACAUGGAUGCCUGGCGCAAGGAUUCAGUCGUCAUGCUCAUCCACCACGUGGUCACCCUGACCCUCAUCGUGUUCUCCUAUAUCUUCAGAUACCACAACAUUGGGAUUCUUGUACUCUUUCUUCAUGACUUUAGUGACAUCCAGCUGGAGUUUACCAAACUCAAUGUUUACUUCAAGUACCGGGGUGGCGUUUACCACCGUUUAAACGACACCAUUUCUAAUGCCGGCUGUGUCUCCUUCAGCCUUAGUUGGUUCUGGUUCCGUUUGUACUGGUUCCCCUUGAAGGUGCUUUAUGUGACCUGCCACACCAGCCUCCAGUCUGUCCCCAAUAUCCCAUUUUACUUCUUCUUCAAUGGGCUGCUGUUUAUCCUCACGCUGAUGAAUGUCUAUUGGUUCCUGUACAUCGUUGUUUUUGUGGCCAAGAUUUUGCUGGGACAAGUGCAGGAGGUGAAGGAUGUACGGGAAUAUGACGCUGAUGCUGCCUCUAAGAAGACGGGCAGAGAGCUUCAUCUCCACAACUCUUGGAAGGAAGGAAACCAUGUGAUGAAUGGCGUUGUGAAAGACAAGCGGUUGUAGAGGCACUCGCGGGACCACACUUGCGCAGAGCCGAACUCUGGAGAAACCCGCCAGGAC